AUGUAUAGACCAGCCACAAGAAACGAGUGGCUCUUUUGUGGCAUCUUACUCAUACAAGCUGCCAUUAUUAUUGCAUUAGAAAUAUUUAUAUUGGUCGAAUGGCAAUUAUGGGUUCGCCCUAAUAUCAUCCAAGUGACAGUCUCUUACAGCGUGCCAAUCAAUCUGGCCAUUUUUAUCUUUACUUGUGUUUAUGAACUCGUUCUUGCUGUCGACGCUGUGCAUCACAAAAAUAACCUAUUGAUCUUCGCAAUAUGCAUUGCGAAUGUUUGCAUCCUUGUAUUCUCGGGGCUGCAGAUCCAAGCGAUGAAAGAGGUUGUUUCCGACUUGCCUUGUGAACGGGAUGACGAGUACCAUCCUCUAGUCAAGUUGGAUGUGGACUUUUGGCACCGAAUUCGACCCGCUCAGUGGACAUGUCCAAUCGUUUUUGGGCUUUGUACUUUGGUCAUUUGGCCUUGCGCUUAUCAACUACACAAAGAAUAUGCUUGGGCCAUUUACCGAAGUAUUCGAGGUGAUAUAGGGAUGAAAUAUCGAUAUUUGGCUUAUGAGGUAUACCUUGUUCUUAUAAAACUUGACCUCUACUUUAUCACAGGAUUUGUGAUCCAAUACGAUCUCAUUGAUGUCCACUUUCAAGAGCCAGAAUUCGGCUUGACACUAGGCCUCUUGCUGGCUUCAUUCCUUAUGAUGAUUUUAGCCAUCUAUUUUGUCCGAAGGGAAAACAAAAUAGCAAUGGUCAUGAUAAUACUAUGUCAUACUGCAAUCAUUGCUUACUUGUUGAGUCGAAUCGUUAUCCUAUAUGGACAUGGGUUCCUGGCAAAGACGGCGGGCAAAAAUAUGAUGUUAUUAUUUGCUUUCAUUGCACUGAUACUCAUGGUCUUCACGCUCCUAUGUGCAGUUCUGUGUUUGUCUAAUUUCAAUUGUGGCUUGAAGUCGGUCCUCGACGCAAAAAGAUCCGAGCAAGAUGCAUACCAGUUUGAAACUCUAUCAGAUCGCGCAAAAGUCUCAUAUUUCCCAGAUCAGCGAUUGUCGAUUGAAUAA